GCGCCGCGGUGGGCUGGUGUAAGGACGGCGCUCACCGUGUGAGAGCGCUUGCGCAUGCGGGCGCGCGCGGGUCCGGUGCGGCGCGGAGAGCCGGGCAGUGCGCCUGUGCGGCCGGCGCAGCCCGAUGGAGCGCGGUGGCGGUGUUGGGUCAGGAGCCCGAGCUGAGGUGGCUGCGCGGGGCACCUUGCUCCUGGGAAGGUUGGCCGAACCCAGCGCGGUGCGAACCUCGCCUCCCAACCAACGGCCACCUGGUAUGGAUGGAUUUUUAAAAUCAGAUGAGAGACAAAGAUUAGCCAAAGAAAGACGGGAAGAAAGAGAGAAAUGUCUGGCUGCCCGGGAACAACAGAUUCUGGAGAAACAGAAAAGAGCCAAGCUCCAGUAUGAAAAACAAAUUGAGGAACGAUGGCGGAAAUUGGAAGAGCAGCGCCAGCGGGAGGAUCAGAAGAGGGCUGCUGUGGAGGAGAAGAGGAAGCAGAAGCUCCGGGAGGAGGAGGAGCGGCUGGAGGCGAUGAUGCGCCGGUCCCUGGAGCGCACACAGCAGCUGGAGCUGAAGAAGAAGUGCUCGUGGGGAACAUCCCUGGCUGCAGGGCCUGGAGGACGUGAUGGUGAAUCAGAAAAUACCCCACCCCCUCCUCUAGGCUUAGCAGCCAGCACUGCCUCUCCGGAUGCAGGGACUACUGCCACCGCUGCCGAGUCCGCCAACGCAUGUGACAAACUUUCAACAUCAACUAUGAAUUUGCCAAAGCAGACGGAGCCUCCCAUGAGUAAGCGCCUGUCUUCAUCCACUGCGGCAAUAUCCUAUUCCCCAGACCGAGCUCAUCGCAUGCACCUUAGUUCCAUGGAAAGCUUUCUUGUUAUGCGACUGUUGACACCCACACAGGCUUCUUUAGCCAGAAGCAGAAGUACACUCAUGUUCUCUGAGCAGGCCAGUGAUUCAGUGUUCCCUACCUGUCCUCGUUUAGCUCCUGCUGGCCCUUUAAAAUCUUCUUACAAAUAUUCUCCCACUCGAACAAUUGAGAAGAAGGCUGUAUAUACAUCUGGCGUUGGAGAUGCUGAGAAAGGAGCCCCCGCGGGAGCAGAGGCCUUCCCGGUGGACAAGGUGAAGAGAGGGCAACGAGUGACAACUUCGGUUCCCACCAGUGGCCAUGGAUCCCCUCUGAGAAGAUGUGACUUUCCAAAAGGAAUUUCCGAGAGGCCAUCUUCUCCUGUGAUAUCCAAGACAACUUCAAAAGCAUAUCCGCCAUCUCCAAAAACGAUGAAGCCACCAUACCUAGGGUCUCCCGUGAGAUACCGCUUUCCUGCCCUUCCCAGCCAAGAAGUGCUCAAGAAGAAAGCAGAGAAAGAGAAGAGCAACAAGGAAAGGGAAAAUGCCUUGGGUCAGCAGGUGGCUGCCCUGCACGUGGAGGAAGCCCCAGAGAAACACAUAGCAGAUAAGCAUUCCAGUGAGAAGCACGUGGCCGACAGGCGCACCAGCGAGAAACAUGUGGCUGAUAAACGUGCCAGCGAGCAGCACAUGGCUGAGAAACACAUCAGUGAGAAGCACAUAGCAGACAAGCAUGCAGGAGGAAAGGCCGAGAUUAGUACAGCCUUGGGGAAGCCCACAGCAGGCACCACUGAUGCAGGAGAGGCUGCAAAGAUCCUGGCUGAAAAACGGCGACAGGCCCGGCUGCAGAAAGAACAGGAGGAACAAGAACGACUCGAGAAGGAAGAACAAAACAGGCUGGAGAGAGAACUGAAAAGAAAGGCAGAGGAAGAAAGGCUUCGCCUAGAAGCAGCAGCCCGUAAGCUGGAAGAGGAAAAGAAGCAGCAGGAAGAAGAGAAAAGAAAGGCGGGAGAGGAAGCCAAGCGGAAGGCUGAGGAGGAGCUGCUGUUGAAAGAAAAGCAAGAACAGGAAGAACAAGAAAAAGAAAAGCAAGAAAAAGCCAUGAUUGAAAAGCAGAAAGAAGCAGCAGAAGCAAAAGCCCAGGAGGCAGCUAAGCAGUUGCGUCUGGAAAGAGAACAGAUCAUGCUGCAGAUUGAGCAGGAGCGACUGGAGAGAAAGAAGAGGAUAGAUGAAAUCAUGAAGAGAACAAGGAAGAGUGAUGUAUCUGUAGAAGUAAAGAAAGAAGAACCCAAAGUAGAGAUUCAGCCUCCUGUAUAUGUGGAAAAUAAGAUAAAACCAGUUGUCCCCAACAAAAUAGAAAUCAGUGGGUUGAACACCUGCCAGGAAGUUGAUGGCAUUGGGCACACUGCCCCAGAAACGUUUCCUCAAGACAUUUUCUCAAAUGGGAUUAAACCAGUUGGGGGACUCGUCCUUCUGGAUGCCCUUGAUGGAAAAUCAAACAGUUUAGAUGAUUCAACUGAAGAAGUUCAGUCUAUGGAUGUGAGUCCUGUUUCAAAAGAAGAACUUAUAUCCAUACCAGAGUUUUCACCAGUGAAUGAAAUGAUUCCUGGGGUGUCUCUAGACCAAAAUGGAACUGGUAAUGCCCGUGCACUUCAAGAUCUCUUAGAUUUCACUGGGCCCCCCAUGUUCCCCAAGCGAUCCAGUGAAAAUCUCAGCCUGGAUGACUGUAAUAAAAACCUUAUUGAAGGAUUUAACAGUCCUGGCCAAGAAACUACUCUGAACACCUUCUGUUGACUAAUGCAGCAUCCCUUUAAUGAAAGGUGGUGUUUGGAAGCUGUGAAGCUCCUUGUGUCAUCUGAAGAAGCUGCUAUCAUCCUUAACCUCUGGAUUCCCAGUUAUUAGAUGGGAAUGUAACUGUCUUCCUAGGUAGUAUGUCAAACACUGGCCACUCUUGGUAGAAACCCUGAGACUUCUGCCUUGUCGGGCUUUAGCAGUUUCAUUUUACAGUACUAUUUACAAGCUUCUGCUGCUGCUAAGGCACCUCCUGUACUUCUCUAUUAUGGUAGUGAUCUCUGAAUAACCUGAGUGACUCAAGCUCAGAAAUUCUCUUUAUAGCCAUGCUUCUUCCCAAAGUUGGAGCACAUAAACAUUUAGAUGUCUUUUUCCAUAAAAUAUUCUAGACAUUUGCCCAAACUCUAGUUAAAGAUAUGCUCAACUUUGGCUGUGUAUCUCCCUGUCUUUGUUUAGAAGGAGAAAUUGAGGAGCUUUCUCCCCUCCCCUAAGCUGCCUUGGCAUGGGGGUUUCUCUGUUGAAAGGUGCCAUCAAGAAGCCUUUUUUAUUAUUAAGCUUUGCCACCUGCAAAAUGCAUUGCCUCACAUUACUCUUUUGGGGGUUAAAGUAAUAAGUCUGGUUGAGUAAGGAAGUAAGCAGUAUGUAAUAAUUUCUGUUCUCUUAGGUGUAUUCUUAUAUACAUGGGCAACUGAAUCUAGCCAGAAGCCUUUCAUUUCACACCUAAAAAUCUGCAAGCUAUAGUCCCACACCAUCAAGUGGCUGUCCAACUGAGCAAAUCAUGUGUCUCAUGUGCAGGUGGCUAGUUUUCCUGUUUUUGCUAUUUAUCUAUUGGGUCUUGGGGGUUUUAACUAUUUGUUUGCUCCUGUGCUUGCUCAACUAUGAUGAAACCAGGCACAAAUGAAAAUCACAGUGCUCUGGAAGAAGACGACCUCAAUCUGUCUCAGUAUAUCACUUUGAGAGACUAUAACAUGAAGAAAAAUUGAAUAGGGAUACAAAUUAUACUAGAAUGUAUACUCUGCAAAUUCUAUGCCAUAUAAUGCUGUUUUCUAAAUUUUGUUUCUGGUGAAAUGUGACUCAGCUUAAAUGACCUUUUCUUAAUUGAAGCUUUUUUUUUUUUGACUUCUGUAGUAAAGAGUUUGGAAAGAUCUAUAGUUCUGAGGAAAGUUUGCAACCCGGAGAUAUGAAGAAGUCUCAAUAGUAAUCUUAUUCAUGUGCUCUUAAAGCCAGCUAUAGUUUAAAAUUAUAUCAGUUAUGGAAACUUGUGUAUGUCUGUGUAUGUGUAUAUACUAAAUAAAAAUACAUGUGCCUCCCUUAA